UACCUUCUUCUUUUCUGACCUUCUUAUAUCCCCGGCAAAACCCUCAUCUCACUCGGAGAUUGAAGAAAAAAAAGGCAGAAUCUCUUGCUCUCCCUAUUUCUCAGUGUCUUCUUUAUCUCUCUGUCUCUUUGCCUUCUGGGUAUUUUACGAAAAUUCAUAUAUUGACCAAUACACUGUUAUGGAUACUCUUUCACAUAAUAAUAGUGCUCUGGAUUCUGAGAGGAUUCUAUGCUCGGUGAUGCAAUCUUUGGUACUGGAGACUGCUCUGCUUGCCCAAAAAUCUCUGCUUUUGCUUCUCAUUAUGAUGAGAUCUCAACCAGAUUAUAUUCACAUGGUACCAGUUUUGACUGCAAUUGAUAAGAGUUUUCCUCUCUCAGAACUAAAUAGAUUGGAAAAACCUUCUGCUGAAAGUAAGGAUGCUGAUGAAACUGAUGAGGACGGUAGUGAUGGUGGUGAUGCUGAGCUUGGUGAUCAGGAUGAUGAUGAUGACUCGACUGGAGAGGAAGGGAGUGAUGAUGCUGAUGAUGAUGAAGAGGAGUCUGAUGCAGCUAAUUUUGAUGGAGAAAGCAGCGACGAUGAUGACAAUGAAGACACUGAUGAUGACGACGACGACGACGAAGAUGAUGAUGAUGACGAGGAAGAGAAUGAUGAUGAGGAAGAUGAUGAUGAUGGAGAGGAAGAAACACAGCCGCCUUCUAAAAGAAAGAAAUGAAGAAAUGAGAAAAAAGAAACAUCAUUUUUCCUGUUCUUUUUCUUCUUUAAGCUUAGAUUGGUUGAAGGAAUCUUACAUUAGUUAUAACUCACAAGUCAGCAAGAUCAAACCAUUAGUUUUCACAGAGACCAUAACUUUUAUAUAUAUCUUGUCGUGAAUGUGAAACUUCUUGAUUUUUAUUGAGCAAGAAUUUUGUUGAGUUAUA